GAAGUGCAGCUCGCAGAAUACCGUAUGUAUAGCCGGCCGCUUUCUUACAGUGCAGCGGCUCUGGCAGCACAGUUUUCAUUUUAUUAGUCGCUGACUCUGUCUCUCUCCCUAUUCUCGCAGACCCUGAGUCGCGGCCACAUAAAAAGCGUGACUUCUCCCUCGGAAAGGGUUCGAGUUCGAAUUCCAAUCGGUUGCAGCUGCAAUACGUGGGACAAGAAAAAAUCAAAAUGUAAAAUCAAAAUAAGUAGUUCGCUUCAUUGUGUGAGGACAGCACACAGGGGAUCAUACAAUUAGAGGGGUUGAGAGAACAACGGGUCGUUGUCCUUAGAUGAGAAAGAGCGUUUUCACUAGAGGGCUCGAGGGUCGUCGUGGUGAAGUUUAAGAAAACUUUAAUUCACCUGAUCGCCCGAAUCGGCCUACAUGGAUGUUGUUCUCUUCAGCAGCAACAUUGACCCUUAGAGCACCACUUUGUUGUUGUUCUAACCGCAAAGAACUAAAGCGAAAAUGCACGGCUUCGAUUCGCUUGUCGGCGGGGGGAUUCUCCUCCUCUUGCUCGAGCUGUUGAUGAUCGCGGUCGUAUCAAAUGCAAAUAUGUAUGGGUCUGGGAGGAUGCAACUUGUCAUGCUAAAUCUGAAUCAUGUAAAAAUUGCGCUGCAUGAUUUUGAUUGCCCAAAGCAAAAUAAGCUGUCCACUUUUGACCUAGUCGAGAGGCAGUUUCUUAUGCAGAAUAAGCAUGAUAGAAUUAGAACUCUCACAGAAUCUGUUAUGCUAUGUCCUGCAUACCAGACCUCAUGGAUCAUAGAAAACCUGCAUGACAAACCUAGCACUCUUCCAGACCCAGACAUAUAUGCAUUUGAUAGGUCGUCGCCUACAACAACGAGCUACGCACUGCAAAUAUGUCUGCGCCUGAAGCGGUCUGUUGUAGUAAACAUGCAAAGGCACCACAUGAUAAAACGCACGCGCUCUGUUUGCUAGGUGCAAGCGAACGUUCUGAUGCGUGAGCAUAGGCAUAGCAUAGGCUUCCUUGCAAAAGAAGAAGAAACUUGCAAAAGCCUUUGCGUGCAUGCGAGAAGGCCUUCUGAUGCGUGGUCGAAAAGAUGCAUCACAAACAAGGACAAAAUUUCAGGACCAGACAUGAAAUUUUCAGUGGAUACGAUGCCGGAAAAACUUCUUCCACCGACAUCGCGGCCGAUGCCGAGUUCACCGAUCCGGUGGGAGAGGAAAACGAAGGGAAGGCAUUUUUCGAGCGGGAGGACGUCGACGGGGAGCUUCAUGGAACAACUGCAGACGGUGUGGGAAGAACGUGCAUUAGCCAGCACAAUGCCUGUAAAUGCGAGCAACAGCAGGAGGACUGGGACGUGGGCAGAGCGAAGAAGGAGAAGAAGUCGGUGUGGAAUUGCAAAGAAUUGAAACCUGAUGAAUCUGGUUGCUCCCGGAAGUAUUCUCAACUGCUGUCAAGGACGUGGUUUUGCACAAAAACCGACAGGUACUACAUCAACAAAUAAAAGGAGAACCGGAACAGUUCAAAAACAUUUGGAUUGUCGCUAAAGCUAAAAGGUGCAGCUCGCCCGAUGUGGUGGUCACUCCAUUCGUGCUUGAGUGUGAAGCCUUUGAUAGAAGUGGAUAGCACAUCGUAGGUACGUUCUACGAGAAGCCAGAAGCUUCGGCAAAGAAAA